UGCCGAGCUCAGCGCUAGAGGCCAGGCGGGCUUUCCCUUCCUCUCCUCCUCCUCCGCAGAAUCCGGGAUCGGAAUCCACUCCGCGUUUUCCAUGCGGCCCAGUCUCUCAGCAGAAGUGGAUCGUAGUGGUUGGAGCUCCUUUUCUCUCUCUCUCUCUGUCCUUCCUGCCAUGCACGCUGGGCCAGAUCGGCUCAGCCAGACGUGUAUUUAGUUAUAUUUACCCAUAUCCGGGUUCAAAGCGGAGAAAAAAAGACAGAAAGAGAAAGAAAGAAAGAGGAAGAAAGAGAAAGAAAGAAAGAGAGAAAGGAAAGAAGGAGAGAGAAAGGACGAAAAGAGAGAGAAAGAAAGGAAAAGUUUUAUUGACUCCCCCUCAAAACCCCCUCCCAAAAUAACUUUCCUCGUGAGAGCCCACCACAGGCGUCCUUAAUUAAGCAAGGACUCAGCCAAGGAGGGGAGUUGAACUCAAUAUGGAAUAACCAAUCUAUUAUUUUGGGGUUUUUGUGGGUGGGUUGGCAAACAAUCCGGAGUUCCACUUAUUGUGGGGGUUGUGUUUCCCUCUCCUCUUGGGGUUUCCCCCUUUUUCUUUCUUUUCUGCAUCCUUAUUUAUGACUAUUUGCUCCCGGAGUGAGCCAUGUUGCCUUGAUCAUGGCCGCGCAAGUGGCGGCGAGGGAGAACAACCGAGGCAGCAAGAGCCCCACUUUGCCGGGAAGCAGCAACAACAGCAGCAGCUUAAGCCAGGACUCUCUGGGCGCAGAUGGGACGAACAGCAACAACAAGAGCGGAGGCUUAAACAACGUGGAGCUCCAACACCAGCACCACCACCACCUCCUCCACCGCCGCCUCCACCAUCAUGAGCUGAGCGCGGCCAAUAAUGCAACUCCUUCUCCUCCUUCGAAUCACAACGCAAGCAACAUCAUCGGUGGUGGCGGUGGUGGCGGCGGCUCUUCUCCCUCGGAGGCGCUUCUCAAAGAGUCCCCCGGCUUGUUCGCGGCGAUGGAGGCCGGCCUGGCGCCCAACCACAAGCUGAAAGGCGUCGGGGGCGACCACCUCCACGCUCACGCGGCCUCGCUGCCCUUCCAGCUCCGGCAGGCCUUGCACAGGAGCCCCUUCCAACCGCAGCAGCAGCAGCAGCAACAACAGAGUCACAACAGCAACGGCGGAGGCGCUGCUCAGCCUGGCAGCGCAGACAUGGAGCCGCCUCAAGAGCAGCAACAUGGAGGCCACGAAGGCGCUUUGGGGGCCCCCAACCAGGCCGGGGCGGCCACGGGGAAGGCGGCGAGGGCCUUGAAGAAAGGAGGGGAGGAAGGAGACGCGGAGAAAAUGGGACCAGGAGGAGGAAGUAGUAGUAGUAGUGGUGGUGGCAAUAGUGGAGGCCCCUCCGCCGCCUCGGAGUUUAAUAGCUAUUACAGCGGGAGCAACAACAACAACGGCAACAGCGCCUCCUCUUCUUCCUCCUCCUCCUCCUCUUCCUCCUCCUCCUCCGCCAGCCGGGCCGGGCCUUGCUUUGAUCAACAUGGCGGACAACAAAGCCCCGGGAUGGGGCUAAUGCUCCCCGCGGCAACGGCAACGGCGGCAGCAGGAGCGACAGGGGGGCCUCUCAGCAUGGAGCCCGCGCCCCACUCCCACGACGCCUUCGCCCACGGGCACUACAACCACUACGCCUACGGGAGGCCUGGAGCUGGAGCAGGAGGAGGAAGCGGAGGAGGAGGAAGCAGCUAUGGGAACAGCCCGUCCUCGGCCUUCGGGGUGCUGGGCUCCCCCAGGCAGCUCCCUCCGCAGGGCAUGAUGCUGGGCCCAAGCGGAGGCGGAGGAGGAGGCGGCAGUAAGGGCUUCCAGCGCUUCCCGGGCCCGGCGCAGCAGCAGCAGCAGCAGCACCCCUCGGGAGCCACGCCGACCUUGAACCAGCUCCUGACUUCGCCCAGCCCCAUGAUGCGGAGCUACGGGGGCAGCAGCGGGUACCCCGAGUACGGGCACCCGGCCCCGGCGGCCCCGCAGCCCCAGCCCCCCUCCACCCAAGCCGCCGCCUCCGCCUCUUCUUCUUCUUCUUCCUCCUCCUCGGCGGGGCUGGCGGGCAAGGACGGGGGCCCGUUCGGGGCCAGCAGCGCCAACGCCAGCCCGGCCUGGGCCCCCGCCGCCGCGCCACAGCGGGGACACCCGGCCAUGAGCCCCGGGGCCAGCACCGCCGCCGCCGCCGCCGCCGCACAGGCCCUCGGCAGGAGCCAGGGCAACACAAUGGAUCCCAUGGUAAUGAAAAGACCUCAGUUGUUUGCAGUGGGAAACAGUCCUCACACCCAGACCCAGCCAAGCAGUCCGUAUCCAGGGCAGUCAUAUGGACCUCCAGGACCACAGCGCUUUUCAAUGGGAAUGCAAGGCCGGACUUCAGGUUCCAUGGGAGGGAUGCAGUAUCCACAGCAACAGAUGCCACCCCAGUAUGGCCCACCAGGUGUAACUGGUUACUGCCAACAGCCAUAUUACAACCAACAACCACAACCUCAGCACUUGCCUCCUCAGGCUCAGUAUCUGUCGCAGGCCCAGCAGAGGUACCAGGCCCAGCAGGAAAUGUCUCAGGAGGGCUAUGGAACCAGGUCCCAACCCCCUAUCACCCAAGGCAAGCCCAACCAUGAAGAAAUGAAUUUGAUCCAGCAGGAAAGACCAUCAAGCUUACCAGUUGAAGUCUUGGCCUCCGAAGAUACUUCAUUUGGACUCAAGGAUUUAUCGGGCUCCAUUGAUGACCUGCCUACAGGAACUGAAGCAACACUGAGUUCAGCAGUUAGUGCAUCAGGUUCUACCAGCAGUCAAGGGGAGCAGAGCAACCCAGCACAAUCACCUUUCUCCCCUCAUGCCUCCCCACAUCUCUCCAGCAUCCCUGGGGGACCUUCCCCUUCCCCUGUGGGUUCUCCUGUUGGAAGCAACCAGUCAAGAUCUGGUCCCAUUUCUCCUGCAAGUAUUCCAGGUAGCCAGAUGCCAUCCCAGACUCCUGGUAGCCAGUCGGAAUCUGGAUCCCAUCCUGCUUUGAGCCAGUCACCAAUGCCCCAGGAUCGAGGUUUCAUGGCAGGCAUCCAGAGAAAUACUCAGUUGUCUCAAUAUGCAGCUCAACCGUCUGGGCCUUCCAUGUCCCCUCAUCCUUCCCCUGGAGGCCAAAUGCAUUCUGGAAUUGGUAGCUUCCCACAGAAUAACUCCAGUGGCACAUAUGGGUCUCAGGUGAACCAGUAUGGACCACAAGGAAACUACUCCAGACAGCCACCAUACUCUGGAAUUACCAACACAAGCUACAGUGGCCCGGGACCUGGCAUGGGUAUUAAUGCCAGCAACCAGAUGCAUGGACAGGGGCCGGGCCAACCUUGUGGUACUAUGCCCCUGGGACGAAUGCCAUCAGCUGGGAUGCAGAGCAGGUCGUUUCCAGGAAACAUGAGCAGCAUGACCCCAAGUUCUCCAGGGAUGUCUCAGCAGGGAGGCCCAGGGAUGGGACCACCCAUGCCAACUGUGAAUCGUAAGGCACAGGAGGCGGCUGCAGCAGUGAUGCAAGCUGCUGCAAACUCCGCCCAGAGCAGGCCACCAUACAUUAGGUCGCCUGCUUAUCCCAGCCAGUCUGGGGCUGGCGGACGCCCCAUGUUUUCUUCACAGCACCCCAACUAUGGCAACGCUCAGGCUCCCAUGAUGCAUCAGCCUGACCAAUACGGGCAAGGCAGUUUUCCUGUCAUCAAUCAGAGUGGCAUUAUGGGAUCCAGCUCUCCCUACACCCAGCCAAUGAACAACAACUCAAGCCUGAUGAACCCUCAAGCAUCACCUUACAGCAUGGCACCUAACAUGGUGAACAGUUCCACAGCUCCUAUGGGUCUUGCAGAUAUGAUGACUCCUGGUGAAUCUAAGCUCCCCAUCCCUCUCAAACCAGAUGGAAAAGAAGAAGGUCCUCAGCCUGAGAGCAAAAAGGAUAGCUACAGCUCUCAGGGUAUUUCUCAGCCCCCAACCCCAGGCAACCUGCCAGUCCCUUCCCCAAUGUCCCCAAGUUCUACUAGCAUCUCCUCAUUUCAUGGAGAUGAGAGUGAUAGCAUUGGCAGCCCAGGCUGGCCAAAGACUCCAUCAAGCCCUAAAUCAAGUUCCUCCACCACAACUGGAGACAAGAUCACAAAAAUGUAUGAACUUGGAAAUGAAGCCGAGCGCAAAAUGUGGAUAGAUCGGUAUCUCAGCUUCAUGGAAGAGAGAGGCACACCUGUUGCUAGUCUCCCUGCUGUAGGCAAGAAGCCACUGGAUCUUUUCAGGCUUUAUGUCUGUGUUAAGGAGAUUGGAGGUUUAGCCCAGGUUAAUAAAAAUAAAAAGUGGCGUGAGCUAGCAACCAACCUUAACGUUGGAACUUCAAGCAGUGCAGCCAGCUCCCUGAAAAAACAAUAUAUUCAGUACCUGUUUGCCUUUGAAUGCAAAAUUGAACGAGGAGAGGAGCCCCCUCCCGAAGUCUUUAGUACUGCAGAUACCAAGAAACAACCCAAGAUUCAGCCGCCAUCUCCUGCUAACUCGGGUUCUCUUCAAGGUCCACAGACCCCUCAAUCUACUGGUAGCAAUUCCAUGACAGAAGUGCCAGGUGACCUCAAGCCUCCAACACCAGCAUCUACACCCCAUGGACAAAUGACACCUAUACAGGGCAGCAGAAAUAGUUCCAUUAGUGUACAUGAUCCAUUUUCGGAUGUAAGUGAUUCCACAUUCCCAAAGCGAAACUCCGUGACCCCAAAUGCUGCCUAUCAGCAGACAAUGAAUAUGCCAGAUAUGAUGGGAAGAAUGCCCUAUGAACCAAAUAAGGACCCUUUUGGCGGGAUGAGAAAAAUGCCUGGAAACAGUGAACCCUUCAUGACCCCUGGACAGAUGCCCAACAGUGGAAUGCAAGACAUAUACAACCAAGCACCCUCAGGAGCAAUGUCAAAUAUGGGCAUCGGCCAGCGCCAGCAGUUUCCCUAUGGCAGUGGUUAUGACCGAAGGUCGGAUCAUGGGCUGGGUCCUGAAGGCAGUAUGGGAGCACCUGGUCAAAGCAACAUGGUGCCUUCAAACAAUGACCCAAGCAUAUACCCUUCCAACCAUUACUCUGGGCAGCAAAGGCAUGAACCAUAUGGACAGCAAUAUCCCGGGCAAGGACCUCCUUCAGGACAACCAUCUUAUGGAGGACACCAACCUGGAAUGUUUCCACAACAGCAGAACUACAAACGGCAUAUGGAUGGCAUGUACGGACCUCCAGCAAAACGCCCUGAAGGAGAUAUGUUUAACAUGCCAUAUGGCAACCAACAGCAAGAUAUGUUUAACCAGUAUAGCAAUGCUUAUUCUGGACCAGACAGGCGGCCCAUACAGGGACAAUAUCCAUAUCCAUAUAACAGAGAGAGGAUGCAGGGUCCAGGACAAAUGCAACAACAUGGAAUACCUCCUCAAAUGAUUGGUGGCCCUAUGCAGUCAUCAGCCUCCAGUGAAGGACCCCAGCAAAACAUGUGGCCAACAAGAAAUGAUAUGUCUUACCCAUAUCAGAACAGGCAGGGCCCUGGAGGCCCUGCCCAGGCCCCACCCUAUCUAGGAAUGAACCGUAAUGAAGAUAUGAUGGUGCCCGACCAGAGGAUAAACCACGAAAGCCAGUGGCCUUCUCAUGUCAACCAGCGUCAGCCUUCUUACAUGUCAUCCUCCGCUUCCAUGCAGCCUAUCACCCGACCUCCUCAGUCAUCUUACCAGACACCACCAUCAAUGCCAAAUCACAUCUCUCGAGCUCCAAGCCCUGCAUCUUUCCCACGAUCCCAUGAAAAUCGUAUGUCACCAAGUAAAUCCCCUUUCUUGCCCUCUAUUAAGAUGCCUAAGGUUAUGCCCACUGCUCCAGUACCACAGACCACAGGCCCUCCAACCCACCCACCAUCCAUUAGGCGGGAAAUAACAUUUCCACCAGGCUCCGUAGAAGCAUCACAACCAGUCUUGAAACCAAGACGAAAGAUUACCUCAAAAGAUAUUGUAACUCCUGAGGCCUGGCGAGUGAUGAUGUCUCUUAAAUCAGGCCUUCUUGCUGAGAGUACCUGGGCAUUAGACACUAUUAAUAUCCUUCUGUAUGAUGACAGUACUGUUGCUACUUUCAAUCUCUCUCAGUUAUCUGGUUUUCUUGAGCUUUUAGUGGAAUAUUUUAGAAAAUGUCUCAUAGACAUAUUUGGGAUCCUAAUGGAAUAUGAAGUGGGACAUCCGGGACCAAAACUACAAAAUUCAGCUCAGAAACAGGAUAGCCAAUCUACCGCACAAGGUGCCAGAAAAGAGGAUGAAAACAAUGAUGAAUGUAUUGAUUAUUUUGCUGAAUUUGAGGAUGAGGAGGAAGAUGAAAAUGAAAACACUGAAGCAGAAGAGAGGAGCACUGCUCUUGCUCCAUCUGGUGCCACUGCUGAUCCAAGUGAGAGGCCAAAACAAGCCAGUAAAUUUGACAAGCUGCCAAUAAAAAUUGUAAAGAAAAAUAAUCUAUUUGUUGUAGACCGAUCCGACAAACUGGGACGUGUUCAGGAAUUCAACAGUGGACUUCUCCAUUGGCAGCUAGGUGGGGGUGAUACAACUGAGCACAUCCAGACCCACUUUGAGAGUAAGAUGGAGAUUCCUCCUCGCAAGAAGCCGCCUCCAUUGAACUCUUCAAGUAAAAAAAGGAAUAUAGAGGUUAAAGGAGAAUUGGAAGAACAGCAAGACAAAGGGAUAUCAGCCACCAUAGAUGAUGUCUUGUCAGCUCGUCCAGGAGCAUUAUCUGAAGGUUCAGAUUCUAGUUCUCAUACAGAUAGCAGUAAAUUUCCAUUUGGAAUUCAUCAAGCCAAAAGUCAUCGAAACAUCAAGCUGCUAGAAGAUGAGCCUCUGAGUCGAGACGAAGCUCCUCUAUGCACCAUAACCCAUUGGCAGGACUCUUUGGCCAAGCGUUGCAUCUGUGUGUCAAAUAUUGUUCGCAGCUUAUCUUUUGUGCCUGGCAAUGAUGCUGAAAUGUCAAAACAUCCAGGCUUAGUGCUCAUCUUGGGAAAGUUGAUCCUUCUCCAUCAUGAGCACCCAGAAAGAAAACGUGCACCACAGACGUAUGAAAAAGAAGAAGAGGCGGACAAAGGGGUGGCCUGCAACAAGGAUGAGUGGUGGUGGGACUGCCUUGAAGUCUUGAGGGAUAAUACAUUGGUCACACUAGCCAACAUUUCUGGGCAGCUAGACUUAUCUGCUUACACAGAAAGCAUCUGUUUGCCAAUUUUGGAUGGCUUACUGCACUGGAUGGUGUGCCCUUCAGCAGAGGCACAGGAUCCUUUUCCAACAGUGGGGCCCAAUUCAGUCCUCUCGCCUCAGAGACUUGUACUGGAAACUCUGUGCAAACUCAGUAUCCAAGACAAUAAUGUGGACCUUAUCUUGGCUACUCCCCCAUUCAGUCGUCAGGAGAAACUCUAUGCUACUUUAGUUAGGUACGUUGGGGACCGCAAAAAUCCAGUCUACCGAGAAAUGUCCAUGGCACUCUUAUCGAACCUUGCACAAGGGGACACUUUAGCAGCAAGGGCAAUAGCUGUGCAGAAGGGAAGCAUUGGAAACUUGAUAAGCUUCCUUGAAGAUGGGGUCACUAUGGCCCAGUAUCAGCAGAGCCAGCAUAAUCUCAUGCACAUGCAGCCUCCACCUCUAGAGCCACCUAGUGUAGACAUGAUGUGCAGGGCAGCCAAGGCUUUGCUGGCCAUGGCUCGGGUGGAGGAGAACCGUUCAGAGUUCCUUUUGCACGAGGGCCGUUUGCUGGAUAUCUCAAUAUCUGCUGUCCUGAACUCUCUGGUCGCAUCUGUAAUCUGUGAUGUACUUUUUCAGAUUGGGCAGUUAUGACAUAAGUGAGAAGCCAAGCAUGUGUGAGUGGAGAUUGAGGGUCACAUAUAACUGGCUGUUUUCUGUACCUGUUUAUCCAGUGU